AAGAGGAUGCAACCAAGGCUGCAGUGUGGAAUAUGGCAUUCUUCAGUUUCCUGAGAGAUCCUGAGGACCUGGCCUCUUCGGACAUCUUCCAUUAGCAGGAGAGCUGACCUUUAUGCUUGCAGGAGAAGGACUCGUGAAAGCUUAGAACACCGAGACUGUCUCUCUGUACACCUUGCUGCCUUUUGCAGACUGCCUGAACAUCAGUCAAACAACAAAGCCAUUACAAAAUUUCCUAGCCUGUGUGUCACCCCCCCAGACUGACUUGAUGCACUCGCCUGGGCCACAGACCCUCUUUAUGUCACUGGGAAAGACAAAAGAUAUCAUAAAGCACGGGCGAGAGCGAUUUGAACAGGCUAUCAAAGCCUCCGGUUCCAGACUGUGUUCCUAUGUUGAAAGAGUUGCUUUCUUAAUGGACCGUUCCAAAAGCCCUGAUGAUAACAGUGAGCCAUCAUCACCAACUGUCAACAUCAACCUUGGACCUUCUGCAAAUCCCAAUGCCAAGCCAACAGAUUUUGACUUCUUAAAGAUAAUUGGCAAAGGUAGCUUUGGAAAAGUUCUUCUAGCAAAACACAAGUCUGAUGGGCGGUUCUAUGCUGUGAAAGUUCUGCAGAAGAAAUCUAUUCUCAAGAAAAAAGAGCAAAAUCACAUCAUGGCUGAGCGCAAUGUGCUGCUGAAGAAUGUGAAACACCCUUUCCUUGUAGGGCUCCAUUAUUCCUUCCAGACAAAAGAGAAACUCUACUUUGUAUUGGACUAUGUCAAUGGAGGAGAGCUGUUCUUCCACUUACAAAGAGAACGUUGCUUCCGUGAACCUCGAGCAUGUUUCUAUGCAGCUGAAAUGGCCAGUGCAGUGGGGUACCUUCAUUCAUUGAACAUUGUCUACAGGGACUUAAAGCCUGAAAAUAUCCUCUUGGAUUGUCAGGGUCAUGUUGUACUGACAGAUUUUGGACUCUGUAAAGAAGGAAUGGAGCCAGAGGAAACAACAUCUACAUUUUGUGGCACCCCAGAGUAUUUGGCUCCAGAGGUGCUGAAGAAAGAGCCUUACGACAGAACAGUAGACUGGUGGUGCCUAGGAGCAGUUCUCUAUGAAAUGCUGUUUGGAUUGCCUCCUUUUUACAGCCGAGAUGUGUCUCAGAUGUAUGACAACAUUCUGUACAAGCCACUGCAGAUUCAAGGAACCAAGACUAUGGCAGCUUGUGAUAUCCUGCAAGGACUUCUCCAUAAAGAUAAGAAGCAGCGACUGGGAGCCAAGACUGACUUUCUUGAGAUAAAGAACCAUGUGUUCUUCAGCCCUAUAAACUGGGAUGACUUGUAUCAUAAGAGAAUCACUCCUCCAUUUAAUCCCAAUGUGGCUGGUCCUGCUGAUCUACGGCAUUUUGACCCAGCAUUCACUCAGGAAGCUGUCUCCAGCUCCAUCAUCCGCACUCCUGACUUAGCAGCCAGUUGUUCCAGUGCCACAGAUGCUUUCCUCGGAUUUUCUUAUGCACCGAAUGAAGAGCGUUAAUGUUGGCAAGGCUUGACUUCUCCCCCCCUCCACCGCCGCACCUCAUUUUAUAGCUUGAUUUCAUGUCACUGAGAAGAGAUCCAUGACAGUCUGACUAACUCUGUAACUGGAACAGAACCAAACUCUCUCCAGCUUCGAACUGUAGGCCCUCACAAUGUGAAUGUUCCUCUAGCAGAGGAAAUGCUGAUUAUUCUAGUUAGUGCUAUUUUGUUUCUACACAAUUAAACAGUCUUGAAUUAAACAGCCUUGUGUGCCAAAACUGAGUCAUCCUAUGGAAUGCAGAAUAACCUUGGCUUUGUCCUAAGCCUGUUAAGGAGGAUUCAAGGUGAGGGUAUGUCUUACCCAUAUGUUCAGAUUCUUGUUUCAUUUCCUUGCGAUUCUUCCCAGUUGACUGCAUUCUCUUAGGCCUUCUACUCCCCGACUCCUUUGAUCCCAGUUAGCCCUGAUUUAUGGAAGCUCCUGGGAUUCCCAAGGAAAGUCUUUGGGGCUAGCUAGAGAAUACUGUUUACUGCAGCCUUUAGCGAGCCUUGCCAUUCUUUGCACCACUCUUUCCUCCACCCUUAAACAGCACUCAGUAUUCUCUGUUCCCAAAUUGGUGCCUUGGAACCUUUUAAAUUUUUUUUUUAUUAUCCUUGACUCUAUCUCCCCUUUGUGGAUGUGCUUUUUCCAAGAUUUGUGAGCAGCACUCCAUAGUUGGUCAGCGCAAGGUGGGAAUGUCACAGUGCAUAUCCCAUCCACAUCAUACCAGCACCCAAUUCAGUGACUUGUAAUGGGUGAUUCUUGUCUUGGAAAUAGCACUGACGGUUCUUUGCUUACAUUCUUAGGAAUUUUGUUCAUUUCUUUCAUUUGAAAACUAUACAGUGAUACAUGUUUGGUCGCACUACCUCUUUAUAGUAUAGAUUGAGAAGAGGCAAUUGAAUUUGCUUUCAAAAACAGAGAGGAAAAAAUAGAUCCUCUUAGAAGGCCUAACUAGUGAGUGUUGGUGAGCACUAAAGAGACAUUACCAAAGCACAAACUCUUAUUUCUCAAACAGGGCUCCUGCCUCAAGCAGGUGCAACUGUAGUAGACUCAAUAUUUUGUCUCGUAUUACCACCAUACAUGAUACCACCAUAUUAUCUGUCCCAACAUCUUUUUCUAGUCAGUUGUUGAUGGACCAAUUUGCUAGAACUCUUCAAUUGCCAUUUUAAAAGAUAUUUUGAAGCUUCAACCUCUAGAGUGAUGUGAUCUUUCUACAAGAUUCUGUAUUGAAUAACCAUAAUAUUUAAUGCUGCUGAAGCUAACAGAUCCUGUUACCAAUUAAAGUCAGAACAUAUCCAUUCUGCAGAUAAACUAUGUUGGUGAAACAAGAGUGGACUUAUUAGAAUAGGCUGCUAGUAUAGAUCAAAGUACAAAUAUGAAUGUUUUCUGAACUUUAAGGGGACAAGUGAGUAAUGUGCACCUGAGUUCAAGAAAACUGGAAUAUGUUAAGAAACUUCUGGUUUUGAUGGAUGCCUUUCAAUUUCCUAAACAUCUACCUUUUAAAAAUAUGUACAAAUAUAGAUUCUCAAAUGUGCAUUUAAUUUUUAAAAGCUGGAAUCUUAAAGAAGUUCUAAUGUCCUAAUGUGCUAUGGGAAUUUUGUUUGUUUUUCUCAGCAAGGCUGUGCUGUAGAAAAACAAUGGAUUGGUUCAUGUGACAGUGUUGUCUGACUGCUGCUGCCUGGGUUUCAUUGAUAUGCUAAAAUAAUUACUUGUAUUUUUAUCUUCUGUCUCCCCCCGCAGUGACUAUUAAAUAAAAAGUAUAAUAUAUUUUAAGAGAACCGUUUCUAGCAUAACACCCAAUGGGUGACUUUGUAGUAAGAGGCUGUGUAAAAAGUAAACGUGUCUGUGUCUUUUGAAUACAUAUCAAAAACCUUGGUUAUAAGCAGCUGUAUAAUGUUGCCAGGAAGUCUGCUUACAGACCUUGGCACAAUAAACUUUCAAGCUGAAGAAAAUC